AGGAUAUCGGUAGCAUUCAUGGUAGAGAGAAAUAGAGAAUGUGUGGUGAUAGUUUUUUCCGUGACAAAAAUGCAUUCGCCACUAUAUUUUUGGUUUCUUGUUCUUUCAAGUUUCUCUCUUGGGUCCUAUGAUAGUAUGAUUUGUGAAUAAUCAACCAAUACCCAAUAAAUAUCUGUGUUUUUAGCACAGUUUCUAAGCUUUUAAGCUCAAAGCUUCAAACUUUGCAACUCGCAACUAAGAGGGGUGUAUCAUCAAUCAUGGCACAGUUCACAACGCAUGGUCGCUUGAAGCUUCUCUUCAAUGGCGAAAGCGUAUCACCUUGUUUGGGUCACAAGGACCCUUUUCACUACAAGUGCAGAUCAAUUCACACCCACAAGAGAAGGGUGAGGUAUAUUGGUUCCUCUGCUAGAAUUUACCAUGCUUCAUCUUCUCAUAGAGGAAGAAUUAGCCGUUGCAAUGCUAAGGCACCCCGUAUUAAUGGCAAUGAAGGUGUUCAUGAGGAAUAUUAUGAUAAUGAUGAUGAUGAGGAUGAGGAUGAACAUGAAUAUUCUUAUGAAGAUGGUGAUGUUGAUGAUGUGUUUGAGGAUGAUGGGUUGUCUUGCUUCCGGGGUCUAGUGUUGGAUAUAUCAUACAGGCCAGUCAAUGUUGUAGGCUGGAAGCGUGCGAUAUGUUUGGAGUUCAUGGAGAAGGCAGAUGUACUAGAGUAUUAUGCUAAGACCGUGAGCUCCCCGAGUGGAUCUUUCUAUAUACCAGCUGUCUUAAGGGUUCCUCAUUUACUUCAGGUUGUUAAAAGAAGAAUAGUGAAGAACAAUCUUAGUCGGAAAAAUAUACUAUUUCGGGACAAUUACACCUGUCAGUAUUGCUCGUCACAUGAGAAUUUGACCAUUGAUCAUGUGGUGCCAACUGCACGAGGUGGAGAAUGGACGUGGGAAAAUCUAGGAGGGAGGAAUUUUUGUCAGCAUUCCAAAGACUAUGUAAAGAACUCCUUAAACAGUGUUAUCGAUGCUGACUCAGGUGACUGCUUGUUCCAAGUGCAACUCAAAGAAAGGUCAGAAAACUUUGGAGGAAGCAAAAAUGACAUUAAAUAAGAUCCCAAAGGCCCCAAAGGAGUAUGACAUACUCGCCAUGCCUCUAACUUCUGCAGCUCUAAGAAUGCUGACAAUAAGAAAGGGAACACCUGAAGAAUGGCGGCAGUAUCUAAGGUCCUCUUGACAUCCAUGAAAAUUAGUCUUUUGUGGAAGUUGUGGACAACUAAUAAAUAAAAGUAAAAUCCUCAUGAUUCUUAGAUUAAUCUAAUUGACACAUUUAAGAAGAAAAAGAACAAAAAAAUUGUAAGCAUUGAUGUUGUUCAAUCAAGAUUGUAAAAAUAUAUGUAUAGUAAAUUCCUGCUUCAUUGACAGGAUUUGAUAUAUGUAAUUGAAUCCACUUAAUGGGACAAGACAUAAUUUAUGUGGUUGUAAAUUCAUGCUAAAAUUCCCAGACCUGUUUGGUUGCUCA